UCAGCAGCGGGCAGCGUCGAAGGCGCGUUAGUCGAACUCCGCUAACUGUCGCGCCUGCCCGCCUCCCGCCGUACCCGCACUACGCGGACUUUCCAAAAUAAAAGUUUUAAAAAGUUAACCGACUCGAUUAUGAGGAAAUAAUUAAAAACUCCGACAUUGUGUGCCGUGACGUUUUGUAAAUACCAAAAGUUCACAUAAUUUCAUAUUAUGUUAAUAGUUACUAAUUGUUUAGUGGGUGUUGUGAAGUUUGAUUGAAAUAUUUGAAUGGCUGCCAAAACUAGUAAAUGCAGCUGAGUGCCUGUGCCAUUGCGUCUGCUGGUUCGAGUUGUUCGUCUCCCUGGUACGGAGCGCAGAAGUUAGCAGAGAAACUUUGAACUUGGAUCAUGGGAGAAAAAUGACCUGAUAACAAUUCCACGAUGGUGUCGCGGGCUAACUCUCGGCUUAGUAAAGUCAUUAUGAUUCUUGUAUGGAACUUGUGUGUUAGUUCAGAGAGCUUCAACAACAACAAAAGCAAUUUAACCAUAUUAAAUGAAUUCUUAGAUAGUAAUACAAGAAUAGACUUAAAUGAUUACCUUGAACGGGACAUUAUUGUCAGAACUCGACACGACGAAAAAGUGUCAAAUGAAAUUAAUAACACAGAAUAUUUAGAAGCAGAUACAGAUAGUUUAAGAAACGAAAUCCACGAUAAAGAUAAAAUGGUUUCAAAUCGAAGCGACAUAGAAUUUGCAAGAAUCAUGGCCGAAGAUACUACAACGACGGAAGUUGACAACUAUUCAACAACGGCUUGCCCCGGGGAUCAGGACUAUUGUAAUAUGACAAGAGAUGAGUACAUAGAAAUGUUACAAGAGUACAUAUUUCCGCGGCCAUUCGAAUGGGUGCUUAUAACAACGCAUGCAAUAGUGUUUGUGAUCGGCCUGAUUGGGAACGCCCUAGUGUGUAUCGCGGUGUACAGGAAUCAUUCGAUGAGGACUGUGACGAAUUAUUUCAUCGUGAAUCUUGCGGUGGCUGAUUUCAUGGUGAUCUUGAUAUGUCUGCCUCCAACAGUAUUAUGGGACGUGACGGAAACUUGGUUCUUCGGCACUGCCAUGUGUCGAAUAGUGCUGUACUCUCAGUCAGUGUCGGUGACGGUGUCGGUGCUCACGCUGACGUUCAUCUCAGUGGACCGCUGGUACGCCAUCUGCUUCCCACUCAAGUUCAAGUCUACCACCGGCCGCGCCAAGACCGCCAUACUCAUCAUCUGGCUCAUAUCUUUACUCUUCAAUGUGCCAGAACUAGCAGUGUUGCAAGUGAAGACGCUCUCUCGCCCGCUGAGAUUCGACAUGCAUAAGCAGUACUUCAUGCAGUGCUCGGCGAAGUGGUCGGACGAAUCUGAACUUAACUGGAGCAUAAUAAAGGCUGUAUUUCUUUAUACGCUUCCGCUAUUCCUGAUGAUGAUCGCAUACUGCCAAAUCGUGAGGGUGCUGUGGCGCUCAGACAACAUCCCGGGCCAUUCGGAGUCCCACCAGCUAUGCACUACACCCACUGGACAGAACAACUGGCUAGCAGCAAAGCGGCGCACAACGCCAUCUAUCCACGCGAACGCGUCAACGGAGGGGCAGCUGCGCUCGCGCCGCAAGGCCGCCAAGAUGCUUGUGGCUGUCGUCGUCAUGUUCGCCGUGUGCUACUUCCCCGUGCAUCUCAUUUCAGUCCUUAGAGUGGCAUUCAACGUGCAGCAGAGUGACGUCAUCACGUGCAUCGCGCUCAUCUCGCACGUCAUGUGCUACGCCAACUCGGCGGUCAACCCCCUCAUAUACAACUUCAUGAGUGGAAAAUUUCGUCGCGAAUUCCACCGGUCGUACUUCAAAUGCUUCUGCUGCUGCCACGCGCCGCUCUCUCCCGACCGCAACGGUACGUCAUUCGCUCCCAUCGGCAGCUCCCGCGCUGGCACCACGCGCACCGUCGUCCGGCGCAACGACUCCUGCGCCUCGUACCGCCUCACACACCUCUCGCCUUCCAACCACAACAGCAUCAACAGGGACUUCCCCAGAAACACCAACACCUCAUUCAUAGAGCAGGUCAACGGCAACAGGAGACCGAAACUGAGAGAGGACUCCAUCAGCGAAUCGGCAACCAGGUUUACGUUAACUACCGACGCUUGCAGAGAUUGACGAUUGAGCAAAAAUCUGUUCUGCAAGGACCGAGAGGGAAUAGAGACGUAUAUUGCCCGGAGUACAAACAGCAUCGAUUGUAAACCGUACUACGAUUGCUUUAAAGAUAAGAAAUGUUACAUUAGCGAGGAGAGGCAUAGCGAUACGUACGCAGAUUACCGCGAGUGCGAUAACGAGUGGAAGGAACUGUUUACUGUUAAAGAUGAAACCAAAAACGGGUUUACCUUUAAAUUUAACCGUAGUCUUAAUAGCUGUCAGAUUAAGAAUAAGAGGAAAAUCAACACGGUCUGUUAAAGUAAGUUUUCUAGUUAAGCUGAUAAAUCCUAGUGUCAAGAUCCCUUUGGAUUUUCUGAACAUAUCUAAUUUAUU